CAGAGUGCGCACUUGUUCAGCUCGAUGGCAACGCGCUCCAGCGCCGAGGAGGCCGAGAAGAGCGACGUAGACAACUUAUUGCGGAUCGUACGUGCCCACCAGCGCCAGCAUGAUGACCGUACCUAUGACUCAACCGCUCCUGCCGCCAUCCGGCGAUGCAAGACGAUGUUGACCAAGCUGCGAAAGCUGUUGCCAAAGCUCAUGCGACCCGUGGCGACGCUGGCGAUGGAUAAAGCCGUGCCUGUGCUGCAGGACCUGUGUCAGCUGCUGAAGCUUCUGCUGGGUGGCGGCGCGUGCCCGCACUCGAUGACGCUGUUUAUGGAGAGUAAUACGGGCGUGGCGCGCGGCGACAACCCGGCAUCCUCGGGCUUUCCAUCCUACCCAACAAUGGCUACGAUGCUGUUCUAUAUGGUGUCGUUCUACACCAACAACAAUAUGCGAGAGGCGCAGCGAGAUGUACGCGACGUGACGCUGCAAAUGGUGCUGUUCCUGCAGAGGAACGACGUGUAUGGGUUUAUUCACUUCUUUCGGGAUACAGUGCAGCUAUUUGAGGACUGUUUCUUGCUGGAGGAGUCAUUGAAGAACAGGAACUCGACGAACGUUUUGCCUGGUGGAGCGAGCAUUGCGUGCUACUUGGAUACAGCGAUUCACGUGUACCAGGAUGCUGAUGGACCACUGGGCGCAAAGAGCAACGUUACGUUGUGUGGGUGCAUGCCGAUUACAGAUGUGAACCAGCUUUACGAGCGCAGGGAACAGCUAAAGCAGAUGCUGCCGUCUAUUCACGUCAGUUCGUAUGGGAUGGUUGUAGCAUUGCGGCAGUCGGUAAUAGUGCUAGUGGAUCGGAUAAUUCGCGAGCAUAACGCUAUGCUGGAAGGAGACCAAUCUUUUGACAGAUUAUGUCAACUCGUGGAGUUAUCUAUCAGUAAGAACGAGUUACUUGUGAAAACUUCUGACGGGAUGAGUGUGAACGGUGCUGUAUCAAGUCAAGGCGCGGACGAAGUUACUCGAAGCACGCUUAGAUUAUUGCACACUAUUUUGCAGGUCAGCGUAUCCAAAGAACGACGCUUCGUUCGCUUGACGCUGAUGUACUUUAAGGCCAGCUUUCUUCGGGGGGCAAACCCGUGGACAUGGAAAGCCUGUGCUGCCAUCCUUGAGCUAAUUGGCGCAUCUUAUUCCCGCAUCUCCAAGUUUGCCAGCGAUGCACUGUGGCCACCUUUCGAGUCGUGGGUAUACGGGAAUAUGGAUCUGGUUCGUGGAGCAAGCCAUGAGAGCAAACACAGCGUGGAAACAAUUUGGGCGGCAGUACUUUCGAUUUUGGGCGUGUACACUCGUCAGUCCAACACUGCGUCUUCCGCUUCAUUGUUUGUUGACUUGUUGGAGUUUGUUGAUUUAAAAAUGUUGAAUCCAGCAAUGAUAUCCGGUGUCAUUGAUGGCAUUCAUCAUGUGCUGUCGACGAAGGAAAUGCUGACGAAAAUGGUUCGCUUCAUAUCCAAUGAAUUAGCUAGCAAUGACCCCAGUACGACGAGUUCAAGUCAAACCAGCGCCAACGCAUCAAGGAAGCGGAAGCGAAACAAGUUGUUUGUGGAAAGACAAACGCUAUUACCAGGAUUGCGCCGUGAAAACAGCACCGAGUUGCACGAAAAGCUAGGACGAUGGCUACUCGAUCUUAUCUCUUUCGGAGGCGGCAGUGAUCGUAAGAGCAUACUAGGUAUAUCCACUGGUUUGCGAGUGAUUUUGCCUCUUCGUCGCUACAUUGCAGCUUUUGCUCGGUUGGAGAGUUUUGCCAUAUUCCGGGCUCUUCUUCAGCGCGUCGAUUUGGUUGUCAAUACGUACGCGCCGUCGCUUACUUCUCUUACGAGUGAAUACUUGGAUUUGUGGAUAGUUUUGCUCCGGUACUUUGACGAUCAUGAGCUGGAAAAGUAUCGUGGCUUGCUCACCAAAGUGGUGGAGAGUGUUGAGACGCAACGGAUCUUUGAACACAGCGUCGAACGAGACAACUCGUUUAUUGUGCCAGAUUGUUGGGAGUUCGUGGAUUUCCUUCAAGUACACCAGCGUCGCCCUCAGUGCCACGAUAUGUCCCCAUCGGAGAGGCUUGGAGAAGUGUCAUAUGAGCACCUUCGCAGCGCAGACGCCGUGCUUGACGUUCUUUUCCGAAAGUCUGUAGCCCUCCGUGGCCCGUUUUUGGUGUACUUUGUAUGGUCGCGCCCUGUUACGCUCAAUAUUGUCGAUGAGGACUCAUGGCGGAAUGCUCUACCAUGGAAGAUUGUUUACCGAACGAUUUUGCAAGAAACAUCACUUGAUGUGGCGGUAUGUUCAUACCUUGCUAUGGCCCCACUUCUCGCUUUCUUUGUCGUGGCUGGAUCGCUGACAACUCCGAAGAAGAUGGUUACUUGCAUCAUGGAAGCCUUUAGUAACAAAAUGCAACGCACAGGGUCAGAUACAACUUCGUUGGCAAUAACACAAGCGUGUGGAGCAGUGCUCUGUGCAGCAGCGUACGGUCAAACAUUCGCUGAGGGAAUUAAUUAUUACAGCGACAGAAGAGAUAAUGCCGCCGGUUGUCACAUCAAAAGUUGUCAGUGUCGAAACAUCGCUAAUGGAUGCCAAACGAUGCCAAUCCCAUUAUCUUUAUUCGAGCCGAUAAUUUGUGGCGAGACAGGAAGUGCUACCGAACUGGUGCAGGUGGUCAAAGUCAACGCAUUAUCGAGUGUGUUCGAGCACUGUGAAGUUGAUUAUGGUAAUGAUCAGACAGCCAUGCAAUUCGUAGAGCACCUUCUAACGUGCUUUGAACAUCGCUCCAAGCUCGUCCGUCAAGCAGUGCUCGAAUCGAUUGUCCACCAACCACGACUUCUUGACGCAAUGAUUGAUCCGGCGAAAGAUGGGCUUGCUGGACUAAUGGAGCGUUUGGAAGGUCAUUUAACAGCGGCUGAAGAAAGCAACGAUGAUAGUGAGAUCGCAGAGAUGAUGCUGGCAUCAGGUUCUAUUGGCUGUGAAUGUGACCCGCACCAAGGUGAUCGCGGCGACAAUUGUACUUGGAUUCUUUUACGUCUGGUGUCACUAUGGAAUCGAUUCAUGAUUGCGAAUCGUUCACGAUGCGCAGUGUUGGCUUACUCCCAGAUUUGCCGUAUCACAACGCACCACCAAAUAUCGUGGAGACGUUUAUGCGUUGACUUUCCUGAAAUUCUUUACUAUCCCCUUAUCGACGAACUACUGGAAACUCGAAACCUGAAGCUGUUUCUCCAUACUUUCAUGGGCGGGAAAGUUGAUACGAAAGUUUUUUUGAAAGCGAGUGCGCCAUAUGUCCUUCCGAAAUACGUUGUCCAGCAAAAUGAGCGAAUGUUGCACGCUUUUAUUGACGAAUUUAAUGGGACAGGGGAAGACAUUGAAAUGAAUGGCGAUGGUCCAAUUGAAGAUCAGCCGAUGAAUAUCACCAAUCUUCUCUUGAAUCAUCUCGACUAUAUUCUAAGAGAUCUGCUCAUCCACCAAGUGCAAGCAGUAUCCAAUAAAAAUCGGUUGGCGGAAUGGGAAUUCUUGUUCAAAUUCUUACCAGAGAACUCGACCGUCCGUGAUGUGAUUACGCACUCGUCGCUGCGAUUAAUGAACUUACUGGCGUGGGAGCUUGGUGGGCCUCGAUCUCGCAUGGCUAAGCGGGCGAUGCGAGAGGUGGCAAAUUGCUUAAAUGAGGACUCGCGGGAUGCAGAAGCAAUCGAGCAGGUAGCGAGCCUUCAGCCUGGGGAAGGGUGCAUGCCCCGCCAGUUUUUUCUGGCGCUCAUGACGGAUCUAGGUAAUCGAAUUAGUGGCAAAAACUCGUCCGCUAUGAAGAUUCGUGCGAUCAAAAGCAUCGACCGCUUGCUAGAUCUUUACAGUGGUUCCUCCGCAGACCCGGGCAGCGCGCAAAACAGUGGAGUCGUCGAUCCUUUUGUUCCUAAAGUGAUGGCAACCUUGAAAGUCGGUCUGACGGAACAUGCAUUGCAAGAGCACGCAAUUCAAGCGUGGGGAAAUUUUCUGCAAAUGCUGUCAACGAAAGCUUUAGAGGCGAAUUUGAGCUCUAUCGUUGUUAGCUUGCUCCCAUGCCUUGGCCACGAAACCUCAGCAAUUUUGAUUGAAGAUGGAUCUAUUACUGGUAGCCAGUGUUGGAAUGUCGAGUCUUUGGAGCAUUUUAGACAGAAUGGUCUUGGGCAAGUCGGCUCACCAGGUAACCGAGACGAAGCGCAGAUGAAAUGCAUGGCAGCGGCGGUUAGUAUUUUACGCUAUUUGUUUAUUGAGAAGGGGGAAGAGUUGAAGCCUUCUUUCCCGAAGAUCCCGUUGCUACCGUCCAUUCCGGAACUUGAUGAGAUUUACGUUGUUCUCUAUGAGGAAGAUGGAGAUCCAAGAUGCCGGUCAUUGCGGGAAUAUUUGAUGAACCUAUCGGCGUAUGUCAAUCACCUUGACGUAGCAGUUCGUGAAAUGGCACUAACGCAGCUGCUGCGUUGUUUGGUUGUGCGAGGUGCUGAGUUGGAGACGCUAAUGCAGAACGAAGGAGACAUCUUUAUCGACAGAGCACUUGCUAGCGUAGUGCAGUCAAUUUUACAGCUUUCCCGCACGGAAUCCCAUGUGCCUAUCAAGCUGCUAUGUGCUCGGUGUUUAGGUGCUUUGGGUGCAAUUGAUGGAGCCCGCGUGCCGUUAAACAUGUUUUACACGUCUGGCCCCCAAGGGGGCGCUGCAGUCGCGAAGGAAAAGCAGUAUCAAAAGAUCGAGUAUUCGACGAAGGAUCUAGCAAUUGUACUGAUAGAGACAUGGUUGGUGAAAGAAUUGCGUGCAGCACCAGAGAACACGGAUUCAUUAGCAUUUGCUAUCCAGGAACUGCUGAAAUUUCUGGCAGAGUUGACGGCCGAUCCGCAGCAUAGCGGUCAAAGCCUGCCAACGCUCAAUUUUGGUUCAUCGUACAAGUCAAGACAAGAUUCCAGUGCCCCCAUGCCCGACUGGAUGAAGAGACGAUUUGAACGAAAAGAUGUUCUCCAGUUCGUGGAGCCCUAUUGGUCAACAAAUUACGUUGUGUCAGGUGGUAGAUCUUCCCACCGCAAUGGUAGUAGUGGAUCUGAUCUCCGAGCGUCAGCGAGCGUUGAUCAUCCGGCGCGAGAUGACAUUUCGUUUUAUGAAGUCUAUGGGACGUCGUAUGAAGACUGGAUAUUGAAUUGGUGCCGACAAUUAAUUAGUCUUUCUCAGCCGCCGGAGAGGAAGAUUUUCCUGGCAUGCAGGACGGCACUGCCAACAUGCCCUCAGAUAUCCCGAUUUUUGCUUCCUUACCUGAUACAAAAUGUACUUCGGUCAGGAAGAUCCGAAGUUGGCGAAGAGCUCAAGAAAGAAGUCAUGGCUGUUUUAGAAGACCAGGAUUGCGGUAUCUUGGUGGACGAUGUACUAAUGGCUUCUGAGUCAGAGCACACGAAUGACUCGCUCAUCAGCACUGGCGAUGCAUCUGAAAAAGGAGUUGGCGAUUUUUUUCGUCGUCAUGAUCAAUGCUCCCAAACUAUUUUCUCGACGAUUGAUGAGCUGAACGAGUGGAUUUGGACUAGCGAAAAGAAGCGGCUCGCUCUAAGUGCCAGUGCUGCAAGUCGCCAAAUGUCUGCUUCCGGUCGCAGUGACGUGGCCUCGGAGAUCGAUGAUGACCAUGAAAAGGAAUACCUGGAAGAGUUUUUGAAAGGCAUCCCCAGUCGAUCCCUAUCGAAUGCUGCAUACCAAAUUAAAGCGUACGCCCGAGCAAUUCAAUAUUUUGAAGUUCAUCUACGGCAAGAAGAGUUUAAUGAGACGGAACCAAGAAGCGCCGACGUUGAGAUGGCCGGACCAGUCCGCCUUUCAUUGGUCUCGAAGAAUGCCAUUUAUCUCCAGCAACUGUACAAAAGCGUGGACGAACCGGACUCUCUCAUCGGUUUAGCCUCAUUGCGCCGCUUGCACGACGCAUAUCGGCAUAACGACGCCAGGACGGACACGCCUGAUGAGAUUCAGGAGGAAGGACUAACUCUCACUGAUUUGAUGCAUCAGAUUGUCGAUCACGAGCAAUUAGCUCAAUGGGAAGAUGCGCUGGCUUGCUAUGAACAAGCAAUCCAAGAAGUUCAGUCUGCACUGUCAUCCAGAUCGUUACCCCCAAGCAGACCGCUGUAUAGCCAACUCGCGAUGAUGCAGCCUCCUGCACAGAUUUUGGAUGUGGAAAACGCGCACAAAGAUCCAGAUACGAUAAAGCCCGAAUUAUAUGGUGGAAUGAUUGGUUGCCUUAUCCAACUCGGACGCCUUGAAAGUGCAUUGCAGCAUAUCAACGGUAUCGUAACGCAAGAACCUCAAUUCAUGGCAACGAUGUACCCCUAUGCUCUCGAGUGCUCGUGGCGCUUAUCAAGAUGGGAGCUGCUGACAGAUCUGCUGAGCGCUGAAAAGCAAAACCCCCUACUUCUUUCUUCGGGAAGUUCUGCUAAUGACACCACCAGCACUCGACUAAAGGGCUUUGACGUUUCGCAGCUCAUGCUGGUUCGUGUACUGCAUAGCUUGCACGGUGGUCAGCAAGAAGAAUUUCAGGGCCACUUAAAGGCUGCGCGACUUGAACUGAUGGGACCGCUGGCGGCGGCGUCGGCUGAGUCUUAUCAACGUGCGUACCCCCUACUGCAUGACCUACACUUUCUACACGAGGCAGAGCAAGGAUUCAUAUUUCUGCAGAAUGCGAAGGAGAGCGACGAUCUCAGUCGGCGCAGUCUGCUCUGGAAAAAGCAGUCCCCUUGGAAAAUGCGCUAUGAUGCGAUGGCAACGCAGCUCAAAUACCGUGACCCGAUACUCGCACUACGCCGAGUAAUUUUACACGAGGCAGGGCUUCUAAACGAAGUUUCGGAGAACUGGUUGCUAUACGCCAAGCUAACCAGAAAAGAAGGGUUUAUUCGUACAGCCACUAGCGCGGUGAUGCAUGCUCAAGCAAUGGACAACCAGUAUGCAACGAUCGAAAAGGCCAAACUGCUCGUGAGUCAGGAUCGAGUGUACGAGGCAUUGCAAAUUCUCGAGCCAGUUGAUAUUGACGCGUCCACGUUGGAUUUCGAUGUUGAAGACCCUCAUUUAUGCGCUAAGAAUCUUCUCUUAGCGACCAACUGGAUGCAGAAGUCAGGUCAGCGCCAAGGUAAAAAGGUGAUCGAGCGAUAUCAAGCUGUUAUUCGCUUUGAUCCAAAGUGGGAGAAAGGAUAUUUUUUCCUGGCGAAAUACUACGAGUAUCUGCUGAAUAUGAGCCACCCUGACGCUUUGAACGGGUCAAUGAGUAGCGAUGAAGCGGCUGACCUACUGGUGGAUUCGGUGUUUCACGGUCAUUUGAUUAACUUGAUGAAGAAUUACGUACUCGCACUGGCACACGGGACGAAGUUCGUGUUUCAGUCGCUUCCUCGAUUAUUGACGCUAUGGUUCGAUUUGGGCGAAGUACUAUACGGCAGCAGCAGUGGACGUUCAAGCAACAAAGCGAACAAGGCGAUGAGGCAGAUUGAGAUCGGAUUGAGUCAGUCCACCAAUGAGCACAAGGUUCUUACUGAUAUUACACAAGUUGUGGGUGAAGCUAUUGCAUCUCUACCGGCGUAUGAGUGGCUCGUGUGCUUUCCUCAAGUAACCUCGCGCAUUUGUCACCCCAAUCCAGAGGUAGUCGACAGCGUCAAGAAAAUUAUGGUCCAAGUGCUCGUGGCCUAUCCAACGCAGGCAAUGUGGUCACUGCUGGGUCUCUCACGAUCAUUAAACUCACAGCGAAAGAACCGUGCUCGUGAGAUCAUUUCAAGCGCACAGCAGCAGUUUCUGUUACAAGGUCUGAAAGAGAUUGCCGAUAGCUUCUCCGAGGGCAUGAAAAUGGCUGAAGAACUCAUCAGUCUUGCAGCCCAUGACCCUGGCAACAGUAAGCGCAAGAUCCACAUCAGACUGAGCCGGAUCCGAACCAAAAUUCUCGUUCCAAUUCAGGCGGCUCUGACUACGAUCCUGCCGACGUCUGGACUUGCGCCUCGCGAUGAGCAUCAUGUUGCUUUCUCGUCAAACGCGCAGGUUUACAUCAAGGCUUUCAGCGACAAAGCAGAUGUAAUGAUGACCAAGGAGAAGCCCAAGCGCAUCGAAGUUCUGGGCACCGAUGGACUGUUAUAUCCGUUCCUGUGCAAACGUGAGAAGAAUGGCGAUCUUCGCAAGGAUGCGCGUAUGAUGGAAUUCAACUCGAUGAUUAACAGGCUCCUUCAAAAGGAUCGAGAAGGUCGCAAACGCAAGCUGCGAUUGCGAACGUACGCCGUUGUGUGCUUGAACGAAGAGAGCGGACUCAUGGAGUGGGUGCGACACACGAGGGCCAUGCGCCAGCUCAUCGGUCAAAUCCACAAGACCGAGCGUGGGUAUAUUCAGCCUGUCCGACUGACGCAUGAGAUCAAGGAGCAGUAUCUGAGUAUGCAGAAGAAAUACGCGAAUAAUCCGACGGCCAUGGCGCGGUUCUACUGCCGCGAAAUCUUGUCGAUGCCGGUCUUCACGCCAAGGUUUCAUCAGUGGUUUUACAACAAUUUCGCCGAUCCAACUGCAUGGUUUGAAGCUCGGCUCAUGUUUUCGCGGUCGGCAGCCGUGUGGUCUAUGGUGGGGCAUAUCGUCGGACUCGGUGAUCGGCAUGGAGAGAAUAUUCUGAUUGACUGCACCAACGGCGAGUGCGUGCACGUGGACUUUGACUGCCUAUUCGACAAGGGUCUCAAGCUGACAAAGCCAGAGAUUGUACCUUUCCGUUUGACGCCCAACAUCAUUGACGCCUUCGGAAUCACAGGGUAUGAAGGUGUUUUCCGUCGCGUGAGUGAGGUGGCGAUGCAAUUGCUUCGAGAGAAUAAGGCGACGUUGCGGAGCGUGCUGGAAUCUUUCAUCCAUGAUCCACUUGUCGAGUGGGGCCGUCGUGGCAAAGCUACACAGAGCAGCGCUAACUCUGGCAAAACUGCCGCUGAACUCUCCAGUGAGCGUAGUAAGCAGGAGACACGUCUUGUCCUCAGGACGAUUGAUGAUCGGUUGCGCGGCAUCUACAAUCUGGGCGAUGCCAUUCGCCCGCUCGUAUCAACAUCACAUCGCAAUAUCCUGCCGGAGAACGAAACAUUACCACUAUCAGUGCAAGGUCAAGUCGACAAGCUCAUUCAUGAGGCUACAUCGAACGAAAACCUUGCCCAAAUGUACAUCGGAUGGAUGCCGUUCCUGUAA